UUUUACGAUUGCUAUACGUUUAUAGAUAGAGAUAAGGAUCAUACGUUUAAUAAAUCGAUCCCUAUUAUAUUAAGGAUUAAAUUAGUCCUAAAAAAUAUUAAAUAAAACCGGUGGAUUUGUAGAAAGGCCUAUAGAACUGCCCAGUUAUAGCCUACUAUGUUAUUUGCAGAGCUAUUUUUAAAUAUCUUGUAUGGAUGAAUUCUGGCCUAUUAUUUAAUUGUAGACUCGCAUAUCAAAGGUAAAAUAUUUCAUACCUUAAUAGACUUACUCAACUCGUCCCUAAUUGAAGGAAAUUUCUGAGUCAAAUGCAAAUAUCAGGCUACUUUACCAAAUGAUGAAAAUAUGGAUAAUUUAGAAAAGCGUUUAAAAAGUUAUGAAGCUGAAUUAGAAACUUCAGGAAAAAAGAUAAGAGGCUUACUAGAGGAAAAAGAGGAUUUAGGUAAGGAGAUACAAGAUUUGGAGAAUCGUUUACGGAUAGUCAGAGAAGAACAUGAGAAAGAGGCUGAAGAAAAAAACUAUGAAAUUGAUCAAUUGAAAAAGUCGCUUCAAGAAAGUCAAAUUGAAUUCCAAGCUCUGAAACAAACACUUAGUGGUAUGGAGUCAUCCGCAUCUGAUAAAUUUACACGCGAAUUUGUAGAAGAUGCUCAAGAGAUUUCACAGCAAGUCCUACCGGAACAGGAGUGCCUAAUUGAAGAUACAUCAAAACCGCAAGCUAAAUGGGAUAGAUUGUCCGAAUUACUAGCAGAAAGUGUACAGAAUAUUAUCUCCGUUGAAGAUACGAUUAAUAAAGUCUUAAGUAGAGCUAGAAAAAAUGAAGAAGAUCAUUCUUUCCUCUUUGACGAAGGCUUAGAUCUCACUCAAAAAUUAAGCGAAAGUGUUUUCUCUGGUGGAGAAAUGGCUUCCGAUGUGGAACAAAUUGUUCAAGACUCAGGUUCACAUUUGACAAUGGCCAUUGGCCGCUUAGUUGCACUCUACAAUGAUUCUGAAUCUUCCUUGAUGCAACAAGUCAAAACUGCACGAAACUUCUCUCAACAAGUUGAAAGGUUAAAGGAAGCUUUAAACGAAACAGAACUCAGAGCUAAGGAAUUAGAGGAAGAGAGAAAUCAAUUGUCGAUAAGUCUUCUUGAAGCCAAUCAGUUAUCAAACGAUAAGGAUGAGAAACUUCUACAGAUAGAGGAGACUUUAAAGCUGAUAAAUGAAGAAAGAGAUCUGGCCGUCUCUGACUUAGAAAAGGUUAGUGGCCGUUUAGAGGAACUUCUUCGUGAAAGGGCAGAAUUUGAAGAAAAGAAACAGAUGUUUUAUUUACAACAAAAAGUCAUGGAAGAGAAUGCGACUGACGAGGAAAGAGGUCUACUAAAUGCCUUUAACCGUUUGGUGGAAGAGACACAAGAAAAAGAAGUUGAUUAUCAAAGGUCAAGGAAUGAGCUGGAAAAUCGUAUAAAAGAAUUAGAAAUAAUGGUUGACGAAAUGCAGGCCAACUUUGAUCAUAUUUUGAUAGAAAAAACGAAUGAAAUUGAUGACUUAAACAAACAACUAGAUGCUAAAGAUAAACAACUCCAUUCUAGUACCAAAUUUAUGAAAGAUCAAGCGGAUGAGAGAGAACAAGAGAGAGAAGAUUAUGAAGAAGAGAUAUCAAAGUUAGAAAAUAGCCUAAGAGAUCAUGAGAGAAGUAAUUCUAGCCAGGAUAGCUUACUCAAAGAAAUUAGAGAUUUGGAAGGUCAGAUAAAUGAGUAUAAAACUAAAGAUCUUGAAAACAAGGAAACAACGAAUCAAUUAAAAUUAGAAUUACAAAAAGCUAUAGAAAACUUACAGGAACAAAGAGAUAUGCAUCGUGUUUUAGAGGAAGAAUUAGACUCAGCGUCAAAGAAUGAACAUAUCCUAAAAGAUAAAAUAUGUUUACUACAAGAUGAGCUGGAAAGAGCUCAGCUGAAAACCGAGCCUAUUAAAAAUUCUUUUGAGGAAGAAAAUAAAUUGUCUCCUUCGCCGCAACAAGAACGAAUUUUAUCUGAAUUACAAAAUGAGCUCGAAACUGCAAAAAGAUCCGAGGAGAGUGCUCUAAAAAGGCUUAAAGAAUUAGAAGAUGAACUUAAAGUCGCUAGAAAUAAUGAAAAGAUAUUAUCUGCCGAUAAGGAUGCUUUGCAUCAUCAGUUAUUGUCAAACAUGAGUGCAAUGUCAGAACUAAAGUCACAAGUGGACGAUCUACGAGUUGGUUUUGUAAACAGAGAUUCUAUGACCGAGGAAAAUAGGAACCUAAAGGCUGACUUGUUAAAGGAAAGAGAAGAGUCAAUGAUAAAGCAAAACUAUUUAGAUCAAUUGGAAUCAAAAGUUAAAGAAUUAGAGUCCUCCCUUGGGGGAAAAGAGGAAAGAUUUCAAGAAAUUCUCAAAUUGAGUGAAAAAUCUGUUAUUGAUUUACAACAGAAUAAAAACCAAUUACUGGACAAAAUCGAAAGUCUUGAAACUGACAACGAAGAUUUAGAGAGGCAAAUGAGAUCAUUGAAAGAAUCGUCUACCUUACCCGAUUUAACUCAAAAAUUACUAGAUGAAAAAAAUCAAGAAAUUGAUGAACUUCGAGAAGAUAUAAAUAAUUUAAAUGAAACUAGAAAAGAGGCUGAAAAUCAACUAGUUCAGAAGAAGGAUAAGGAAAUAGAAGAUUUACGACUACAAAUUAAGGAAAUGCAAAAUAGUAUUGCAAAAGUUGAAACUUAUAAAAAAGAAUCAACAGAACUUAAAGAGAAACUAAUAGAGAUGGAAGAAUUACGCAUUUAUUUACAAGAAAAUGAAAAGGAAAGAACUGUUUUGAUUGAAAAAACAAAUCAAAUUGACAAACUUUUGUUAAGUUUACAAGAACUUAAGAAGGAAAACUUGAAAUUAAAGGAAAAGAUUUUCGAAAUUGAAGAACUGAAGCUGCUUAAUACAGAGACAAAGAAAGAAAAUUUGCUAUUAAAAGAAAACGUUGCUAAAUUAACUGAUAUGAAAAUUACUAUUAAAGAAUGUGAAGUAGAAAAUAACGAAUUAAAAAUGAGACUAACUGAAAUGAAGGAAGUCGAGGUAGAACUCCAAAACAGAGAGAUAAAAUUACAGGAAUUAAUGGAGAGAAUCGAUAAAAUUAAGGCUGAAAAAUCUCAAGAGUUGACCAAAGCCAAAGACGCUAUAAUUGAAAUUAAGAUUCAGUAUGAUAACACUAUUAAAAGGUCUUCAGAACUAGAAGAAGAGUUACAAUUUACUCAAAAUUGCUUAAAAGAAAAGGAAAUUACUUUAAAUAAUGUAAUGAAAGAAUUAGAAGCUACUCGACCGUCUAUUGUAGGCGCUGGUAGUGGAGACGCCUCAAAUAUGCAGGAAUUACAAUCACAAUUGAAGUUUCUUCAAAAUGACUUGAAUGGAAAAAGAACAAGAGUUGCAUCUUUAGAAGAAGAAUUAGACGAAGCUAGUAACACUAUAAGGGAUUUGAAAAAUCAACUAGGCUCUACAACGACCGCUUGCGAUAUCGAAUUUGAACUUGAGUCAAUAAAGAACGAUUUAAAAAAUAAAGAGGAGAAUAUCUGUAAGAUAGAGCAGGAUAAUCUGGAAGCGAAUAAUAUUAUUAAAGAAUUAACGGAAGAAUUAGAUUUAGCCAGAAUAUCAACCUUAAAUUUAAGCGAUGAAAUGCAAUCUCUAUUAGAAGUUGAACGUCAUAAGGUGUUGUUAUUGCAAAAAGAAAAUAGUACCCUAAAAGAAAAUCUAGUUGAUUUGAAAAAUGAAUUAGAAUAUGUAAAAUCUUCAAACUUAAAAGAUUCUGGCAUUGACGAAGACACUCAAACGCGUUUAUUAACUUUAGAGAAAGAAAGAGACGAAGCAAUAAUUAAAAUAAGAAAUUUAGAAGCGGAAUUGGAAGUUUUCAAAGACGAUUUAGAAUCACAAAAGUUUGAUAAAGAAAAUGCAUUAGAAGAAUUGAGCUUUACGAAAAACUCUGAAUUGGAAGAGCUUAAGCAAGAUUUAGAUGAAGCUAAAGCUGAGAUUUUAUUGCUAAAAGCUUCCCAAAAUUCAAAUCAUUCAGAACAUAUUCGAAUCGAUAAGCACGUCCGAGAACUUGACGGCAUAAAAUCUGUAUAUGAGCAAGAACUUAGUGAAGCUCGAUUUAAAGUAAAUCAAUUAGAAAAACUUGUUGAAGCAAACCGAGAAAAUGAGCAAACUCGGUCAGAUAUCAGUCGUUGUUUGUCGAAAGAGCUCGAUCAGAGUCUCUCUUUAGACGCUCAAUUGCAAGAUUAUCUUAGCAUCGAUAGCAGAGAUGCAGAUGAGAAUGAAAGUGUUGAGGACGACGAACUCGAUAGCAAAUUACAAAAGGUUUUAAAUAAGCUUAUGUCCCAUUCAGUUAAGGUUUUAACUUUGUCCGAAAUUGAGUUCAUAUCCAAACAAAACUCAGAUUCUGUUGUAAACGGAAUAAAGAAAUUAGAAAUGAAUGAAAAUGUCACCGAAAAUCACGUUGAUGGUCUUAUUUCGGCCGUUGAUUCUCUUAGGGAAACCCUAGAAGAUUUAAAAUCUGAUAAUCAACAAAACGAUUGGAGAAUGGAAAUUAUACGUAAAAUCUACGAAAUUAUUAUAGCGGAGAAGAGAAUUCUUCGAAAGGAAUUAUUGGCUUUUAGCCGCCCUACUCAAUUAAUCGAAUUAGAACGACGAUUAAAUAACACAAUAACCGACCAUAAUAAAGUAAUAAAUGACUUAAAAUCGACUGAUAGAAAAUCUUUAUUAGACGAAAUCGACGCAAUACAAUUAAAAUUAACUGAUUACGAAGAAAAAGAAAAGGACGAGAUGACCAGAGAAAUCUCUCAAUUAAGGCGGCAAUUGAAGUUGACCGAAUAUAAAGCUGACCAAGAAAAAGUUCAAACUGAAGACAUUCGAUUAACAUUGGCUGAAGAAAAAUCAAAAAAUAGAGAUAUAAGUGUUCAAUUCUUUGCCGCCCAAAGCGAAUUGACUGACCUAAAGUCGCAAUAUAACAACUGUAAGAACGAGUUAAUGAGAAUUAGAGAUACCUUGGAACUUGAAGAAGGAAAAGUAGUAACCGCAACAUCUAUCUUGGAACAAUUAUUAAAUUCUUUAGAAAGAGAAAGAAAUCAUGUAAGAGAAUUGGAAACAUUACUCCAAACAGAAAAAGAUAAUGUCGAUAAAUUUAGCCUGGAGUUGAACGAGGAGAAAGAGAACUCUAAACGGGAAACUGAACGUUUACUUGCCAAUUUUGAGUCUUUGCAGAAGGAAAUCGAGAAUGAAAAAAUGGAACGAAAAGAUACAGAGAAUAGAUUAUAUAAGGAAAAGAAUCAAGUAGAAUUAUUGAAGAGAGAUUUGGAAAAUGAAAAAGACCAAUUAAGAGCCCUUCAUAAUAGAUAUAGCUCUCAAUUAAACGAUUCUAAAAAGAAUAUAGAAGAUUUAAGAAGAGCUUUGGAAGAAUGUCAAGGCACUUUAAACAAAGAGAGAAGUUUGACAAUACAAUAUAAAGAAUCUUUAGCAGAGGAGAGAUCUACCAGAAGAAGGUUAUCAGACAGAGAAACAAUUGUUUCAGAAGAAUUGAAAACAUCUCUGGAAUUGCAAAAAGCAAAGGUUGAGAAGCUUGAAAGGGAAAAUAACAACCUUAGAGAUAGUCAAAGUCGUCAGCAAGAACUUAUUAGCAAGUUGAAGUUUACCCAAGAUGAACUUCGUAGGCGUCCACCGACGAUAGAAAUCGAAAAACUGCGACACAGAAUAAUUGAAUUAGAAGCCCAGUCGCCAGCUGCUUACAAAAAGCGCUUAAGUACGACUAAGGAACAAAUUAGAACGCUUUUAAAUAGGAGCGAGGUCUCGCCCGAUCCUAAUAUUAAGAAUAUGGCUCAAGAUCUUAUGGAUGUACUGCAAGAUUUGCAGAAGAUUGAAGCAGAUGUCCACGAUCUGGGAAGCAUAGAUGAUACAGUUGAUUCGUCUCUUAUUGAAGUUAAUGAAGCCACAGCAAGAUUGAUAAGAGAAUUAAAAGAGGAGGUAAAAGAUAAGGAUGAAGAAUUGCAUAGGUUUAAGAAAAGGUACCGUAGCCAAUUGACAGACACUGAAAGGUCGAAGUUAGAGAAUGAAAUAGUUAUGUUGAGACGAGAAUUACAUAUCGUAAAAAAACAGUUACAUCAUUGUGAACAUCAAAUGGAAAAGCAAAAGAAGAGUGACCCAGUAGUCUUUCGCCGGAAAAUACGUGAUGUUCAUUUUAAGUAUCUCAAAGCUGAGAGUUUAAGAAAAUCGUUGGUUUAUCAAAAAAAGUAUUUAUUAUUAAUGUUGGGUGGUUAUCAAGAAACUGAAGAAGAAACCCUACGCAUUUUGGCUACUAUGGGAGGGAGACCUGAUAAAAAAACUUUAGUUUCAAAGCAAAUUUCGCCUCGACACAGAUUUAAGAGUAUUGUUUGUGCUGUGUGUGCCAUUUGGCGGCUAAAAUUUUAUGUUCGUCAUUGGAAGAAGACAACAAGGAACGAGGGACAAGCUUUAAGUAGUGCCAAUAAUGGAUAUAUACCAGUUAGUAAUAGAUAUGAAGAUGGAGAAGUUUGUUCUACUUCCUCUUCAACACCAACUAUCUCGAGUUAUCAAACAGAUGAAGAAAUGCAUUCCUAUUUGAUAAGAUUGGAGAAGUUACAGAAGAAAUUACAACCCGUAUUAUAG